AAACGCACCCUUGUGCACCGGAUUGACAUGACAUAUGACAUUAACAUGACAAGUGACAAACUUGAUUGUCUUGAAGUUGUCAUUGUCGAGUCUUGUAAAAAAAUAUUUUUUUUAUUAAACAUCUUUUAACUUUUCAUAUAUGGUCACGUUUGUUGUUCUAAAUAUACCGAUAUAUUACAUUAAAGGAAAUUAAAACAAUAAAAUUUCAUCAUGUCUGCAAGGAAGAAACCAGGAUUAAAACUAAACGUAAUUGAUGAUGUUCCACAGGUAAUUCCUCCUGCAAACUUGGAUACAAGAACAACAAUAACCAUUGGAGACAGAACGUGUGACGUUGAAGCUGAUGAUCUUGAAAAAAUUUGUGACUUGGGUAGAGGUGCAUAUGGAGUAGUUGAGAAAAUGAAGCACAUUCCAAGUGAAACCAUAAUGGCUGUUAAAAGAAUCACGGCUACUGUCAAUAUCCAGGAAAAUAAAAGAUUACUAAUGGACCUUGACAUUUCUAUGAGAAGUAGUGCCUGUCCAUAUACUGUCCAAUUUUACGGGGCGCUCUUUAGAGAAGGAGAUGUAUGGAUUUGCAUGGAAGUUAUGGAUACUAGUUUAGAUAAAUUUUAUGCCAAGGUUUAUAAAAAUGGCAGAAAAAUACCAGAAAGUGUUCUAGGAAAAAUUGCACUAGCUGUAGUCAGUGCCUUACAUUACCUAUAUUCUCAACUUAAAGUUAUACACAGAGAUGUUAAACCUUCCAAUAUUCUAAUCAAUAGAGAUGGUGAAGUCAAAAUGUGUGAUUUUGGAAUCAGUGGAUAUUUAGUAGACUCUGUUGCUAAAACUAUUGAUGCAGGAUGUAAACCAUACAUGGCUCCUGAAAGAAUAGACCCUCAAGGAAACCCAUCACAAUACGACAUCCGAUCAGAUGUAUGGAGCCUGGGAAUAUCAUUAAUUGAACUGGCAACUGGAGAAUUUCCAUAUCCCAAAUGGGGCACACCUUUUGAACAAUUAAAGCAAGUCGUAGCAGACGAUCCGCCUAGGUUACCUUCUGAACAAUUCUCCCCCGAAUUUGAUGACUUUAUUUGUAAAUGUCUUCAGAAAAAAUACGUAGACAGGCCCAAUUACAGUCAAUUAUUAGAUCAUAGGUUUUUAACGAAACACAAGGAAAUUAACACUGACAUAUCUCCUUUCGUUUCAGAAAUACUCGAUAUUCCAGAUAAUCCCUGAGAUUCAUGCGCCGUUUGUUAAGUUGAAUAAUUGCGAGCAAAUUUCUUUUCAUUUUGAAUUUUAUCAUGAUAUUUAUUUUUGCAUUUUUUAUUUCAAUUAUUGUUGUAAUACAGUAACUAAGAGUGAAUUUUUUUAAUUUGGCCUAAGGUUUUUAAAAUCUAUAUACAUUUCAUUGAUUGUUUUUGACAAAGAGUAAGAAGUGUUUGGUGAAGGUAAGUUAUUCGACUAAUAUCAGCCGAUAAUGUCAAAAAAAAAUUUCUUCUAGAUAAAAAAAUAUUACUUUCGUAACCAGUGGUAAUGUAUAACCCUUCGUUUCUUCAAUUCUCUUAAAUGAGAUUUUUUAACUUUUGAAUUACUAAAUAUAAAGUAAUUUCUUUAAAGUAUUUUUUAAUUGAAUUUUAAAAUCGCCUUCUCCAAACGCCUUCUUAAACUUUGGAAUUUUAUUUGAAACAUUUUACUUGUGUUAUGAUAUUUUAAAUAUUUUUUUUAAGAGUUAUAGAAACUGUAGUCUUCAACUUAGUACAAAUUGGAACAAAUUAAGACUAGACAUUAAAACUACGGACAAGAAUAUGAUUUUAUGUGAAAAAAAAUGUGUAACUAACAAAACUAAAAUAUAUAAUAUUAAGGUGUAUUAAAAUAUGUCUAUUAAAAACGAAUUUUCACAUUUUUUCACAAAAUAAGAUGACAUACUUGUCUGAAACCAGUUUGUAAAUAUCCAUGUACAUUAAUUCGCCCUAAGGGUAACUAUUUGACUGCCACAGCGUUAGUUUGAGUUGUUUUAAAUAGCACCCAUAAUUCGAGAUUCGCAAAGGAAUAAUUUUAAAUUAUUAUUUUUUACUUUUCAUUUUAAACUUUUUAUUUCAAUUUCGGUAGAAAUAGAUUAUUUCUGCGUUUUAGUAGACGAACUACGGUGAUCUAUCUAGAUUGGUUAUAUAAAAAGUUACUGUACUUUUGUCUAAUCAUCAUUCUACAUUGAUGGUUUGUAUAAAAUGAAAUUCGUGAUAUUAAUAUGUAAAUUUAUGUGAAAUUUAAUUUACAAAAUUCUGCUUUAAGCUAAAACUUGGACCAUUGGUUACAUUUUGUUUAGGUCUAGUUAUGUACUUAUUUUCCAGAAUAAUUUCGGCAAUUUGGACAUUACUAAUCCUUGAUCUCCCUGAUACUGACCUCUUAAUUAUCUUUCAAAUUGUUUAAUCAAAUUACGAUACACUUUUAGCUGGGUUAAGAUCAGGCGGUCUUGUUGAUCAUGCAUUUGCAAAAUUGGAUUAUAACCACAUCCUACUCGCCAUAAAACUAAG